AUGGAGGUUUUGAAAUUCUUCUCCCUGUAUUUAUUUGUCUGUUGUUUUUAUGUGAUAAGCAACCUUAACAAUGGCGUCGAAGCAUCUCACAAAGUUUAUAAAGAGUUACAAUCUGAAAGUGCAGUUAAUGUCAAGCAACUCCACAGAACUGGCUAUCACUUUCAGCCUCCUAAGAAUUGGAUCAAUGAUCCAAAUGGUGUAAUGCACUACAAUGGGAUUUACCAUGUAUUCUACCAACACAACCCCAAGGGUGCAGUUUGGGGCAACAUUAUUUGGGCUCAUUCGGUCUCCAAAGACAUGGUCAAUUGGGAAGCACUUGAGCCAGCAAUUUGUCCUUCAGAGCACUUUGAUAUAAAUGGGUGUUGGUCUGGAUCAGCCACAAUUCUUCCAGACAAUACGCCUGUACUUCUUUACACAGGAAUUGAUCCGCAACACAACCAAGUCCAAAACUAUGCUAUACCAGCGAAUUUAUCAGACCCAUAUUUGCGUAAAUGGAUCAAGCCAGCUGACAACCCGGUCGCUGUUGCAGAUGAAACCAUGAACAAGACAGCCUUCCGUGACCCAUCAACUGCAUGGAAGAUUGAUGGGCAUUGGCGAAUGGUGGUAGGUAGCAGAAGGAAAAAUAGAGGGAUUGCUCAUUUAUACAGAAGUAGGGAUUUCAAGAAAUGGACAAAGGCGAAGCACCCUUUACAUUCUGUGGCAAAGACAGGUAUGUGGGAAUGCGUAGACUUUUUUCCAGUGUCAUUGACCGGUGAAGCUGCGCCAGACGCAUCUGCUUUUGGGCCUAAUGUUAAGCAUGUAAUCAAGGUCAGCUUAGAUGUUACUAGGUUUGAGUACUACACUUUAGGUACAUAUUUCCCGGCUAGGGAUAAAUAUUUGGUGGACAAGGGCUCUGUUGAUGGUUGGGAUGGCCUUAGACUAGACUAUGGAAAUUACUAUGCUUCAAAGUCGUUUAUUGACCCCAUAAAGAACAGGAGGAUCAUAUGGGGUUGGACCAACGAGUCUGAUACUCCUCAAGAUGAUGUUAAGAAAGGAUGGGCUGGUAUUCAGACAAUUCCAAGGAAGGUGUGGCUUGAUCCUAACAGGAAGCAAUUGCUGCUCUGGCCUAUUGAAGAAAUAGAAACACUUAGGACCCAAAAUGUUAAAUUAAGCAAUCAAGAGCUCAAGUUGGGAGAACAUGUUGAAGUCAAAGGAAUUACUGCCGCCCAGGCUGACGUCGAGGUUACCUUCUUCAUACCUAGCUUGGACAAAGCUGAACCAUUUGAUCCUAGCUGGACCAAUCCGCAGGAUCUUUGUGGGCAAAAGGGCUCAACUGUUCAAGGUGGUGUUGGACCAUUUGGGCUACUAACAUUAGCUUCAGAAAAGCUAGAAGAAUACACCCCCGUUUUUUUCAGGUUAUUUAAAGGUCAAGACAAGCAUGUUGUUCUCUUAUGCUCUGAUGCUGGAAGCUCUUCCUUGAGGAAAGUUGGGCUAUAUAAACCAUCAUUUGCUGGAUUUGUGGAUGUAGAUUUGGCUGAUAAGAAGAAGCUUUCUCUUAGGAGUUUGAUUGAUAACUCAAUGGUGGAGAGUUUUGGAGCUGGGGGAAAAACAUGCAUCACAUCGAGAGUUUAUCCAACGCUGGCAGUUUUUGACGAUGCUCACUUGUUUGUAUUCAACAAUGGGACUGAGAAAAUCACUGCAGAUGUUGAAGCCUGGAGCAUGAGAAAGCCUAAUAAGAUGAACAAUUGAAAGGGAUGGGACAAGGAUGAUAUAUUGGAGAUAGGAGCUUAGGAAUUAGGAUAAUAAAUAAAAAUCACAAAGUUUUAUGUAAUUUCUGUUCUUUUUUUUUGUUUUUAAAUGUAAUUAGGAUUGCUAAAUUCUGUUCCAGGACAAGAAUGGAAAGAAAAACUGUUGUUGAAGUUCAUUUCUUUAUGAAUAUUAUGCCUCCGCUUGGAUGGAUGAGGAAGUUUUCUUAAUUUUUUAUUGUUGAAGGAAGCCCAUGCAUAUAUAUCUCUUCUACUUCUAAACCUUUAAAUCCAAUAAGUGGGUUUGUAAGAAGGAUGAUUACAAUCAUGGAAAUUUAACCAAAAUUCUCAGGACUCCUAAUCUCCAAUCAAUUAUCAAACAUGUUUUUCAUUUUCUUUUUAGCAAAUUACAAUUUUUUUCUCUCCAUAUAAAUUCUCCGUUUUUAAUUCCACACUAGAUCCGUUUCUCUUGUUAUUUUGCAAAAUUAGACAGCAAUUUGUAAAUUCAAAAAAAAAAAAAAUCCAAACUUUUAAUUUCGAAGUUUCAGUUCUAUUCUUUGAAAGUUUCAAUUUCUUAGUAUGCAUGCAUAUAUUUAUAAAAAUACAAGGUCCAAAAUAAGUAAACGAUCUCUUCAAACCAUACCUAAUAUGCUAACAUACCUAAUCAACAGUUACUAACUCUUUACACUAACAGCUAGUACAGAUGGUCUUCUUGACGCAUGCAUAAACAUACCCAAGCCAAUGGCUAUCGUGAGUCUCUAAUGAUGAUUCAUAGGAGACUGAAGUAUAUUAAGUUUUUAAAUAAAUCUGUUAGCUCUUAGAUACGUGCCGUUUUUAUGGAUUUAUGUAUUUACGCUUAUUUCAAAUUAAACAUAUAUAAAUGAAUUUAUUUUAUCAAACUCGUAUAAUCUAUACCACUUGUCUUUAUCUUUUCUUAAUGUCUAAAAUUACCAUGUUCACAACUUUUAAGUCUAAUUGGAUUAUCAUGAAUCAGUUACUUUAUACUUAGAUUAAUGGUCCAUCACUGAGAAUGCGUCUCUGCAACUCCUUUCAAAUAAAAUCAAGAUGUACCUAGAACACAAGCACUUCUCCUUUUAUUAUUUUUUCUAACCAAAAACUAAUACUAUUUCCCUUUAAUCCCUCUGUUUUGGACAAGGGCAAUGCAAGAAAAAAUGGAAAGCAUUCACAUCAACAUUUUG